AUGGAAGCACUUUUGUGCAAUCAUUCAAUCAGUCGUGGGGCUAUCUUGAGCCUUCUUGCUGAGCUGGUGAAGUCUUAUCCGGGUGUAGCGUCGCUUAUCUGUGAGGCUAAAGAAGAUGGUCAAAGUGUGAUUCAUCAACUCAUCGAACAUUUUAUUGACGGAACACAAGAGAAGGUUUCACAUCUUACUUCUGACACUCUCGGCUCUUUGAAGACACUCAUUUCAAUACUGGCUGCCUGUAAUCAUUCUCCAAAAGCGCAAGAAGCAUUAGUGUCGGACAUGAAAGCUUCGCUUGUUUCGAUCGGAAGUUCAUCACUAUCCUCUACCGCUAUUUGCAGCAAGGUCAGCGAGCUUUGCUCUCUGUUGGUUAUGAUGCUUGACUCUUGCCCAUCGUCAUCCUCCAGCUUAUCACAUUCGCAUCACCGCCACCUUCUCGGUGGUACGCCAAAUCCGAUAACGAAGCUGUUCCACAAGAAGAAGAUAUCAAAUGAUCUGGUCAAAACUAUCACGUAUCUGCAACUCUCGCAGAAGGAAGCUAUCGAUACUGUCAACAUAGUCCUGAAAACUCUGGAAACGUUAAUGAGAAGCACAAAUACUUCUGGUGCGUCGGCGAACGCUGCUAGCAUCACACAUGGUGCUAGAAAUGUAGCACGUGCUCAGGUUCAGGCAGUAAUCAACGCGGCGGUCGCUGAUGCAGUUAGAAUUCCAUCACCCAAUAAUAGCCGUGACAAUGCUCUAAGUCGAGCAAUUGAUCUUAGAGAGAUAUUUGGCAACAAUCUCCUCAGCGACUCCAAUGAAAUGGGAGAAGAUCAAGAUGAUCGAGGUGUUCAGGCGAGUAUAGUUUGGCGAUGUUUCUUGCUGCAUGCAUAA